UGCUGUAGAAACGCAUUGGUGUCGUCAGCUCGGCGCAUGUUGACGCAGCGGUCCCCGGGAGGUGUGUGUCACUGUUUGCACGGACAGACACGCACAUCACGGACUGCGUCUGUGUCCCUCCCUCCCUCCCUCCUCCCUCGACCCAUCUAUCCUCCUCCUCCUCCUCCAGCAUCACUGACAGCCCGGAGAGCAGCCACCACCAGGAGGGGUCUGUGCUGUUUUAUCCCUGAGUGAUCGUCUCUUUAACUCGUAGUCGGCGGCUUUCCAAGGACAUCGGUGCGGCAGAGAUGUGCACGUCUGGCGGCUAGACGGAGCAAGUGGGAGCGUGUUUACAUCCAGAACACUUCUCAGAGUAAGACAUCGGGGGAUCGGCGACCCAUCCCGGCUAGCAGCGCUCAGCUCCAGCCUCCAUCGCCCCUGCCCCACCGCCUGGCUCUCGGAUGCGACGUCAUGAGUUGAUCGCGCCUGACAGAUGUUGCAUGGUUGCGGUUGCGCGGACGUAAAUCAACCGCUUGUUCGCGCUGUUUUCGGGGUCGUUCGGUAAGAAAAACAACACCGUGUGCUAAAUGUCCAGUCCUCGCCCUGUGAUCGCACACAUCGCAGCGUUCCCCCAGUUUUUUUCUGCGUAAAAUGAUCCCGGGAUCCGCCGCAUCAAUGCUACCCUCUGCCGAAGCCGCGAAACUCUACCAGACCAAUUAUGUCCGCAACUCCAGUGUCAUCGGUCUCCUGUGGGCCAUCUUCACCAUCCUGUUCGGCAUCGUGAACGUGAUCAUCUUCUCGCAGCCCUACUGGAUCGGGGAUGGCAUGGACACGCCGCUGGUCGGCUACUUCGGCCUCUUCCACUACUGCAUCGGGGACGGGAUCUCCAGGGACCUGGACUGUCAGGGCACCUUCACCGAGUUCGCCGCCAUCCCCUCCACCGCCUUCAAGGCCGCCUCCUUCUUCGUCGGGAUGUCCAUGAUGCUCGUCUGCUCCUGCAUCGGCUGCUUCAGCCUCUUCUUCCUCCUCAGCACCUCCACCGUGUACAAGAUCUGCGGCUGGAUGCAGGCAUUAUCAGGUGUCUGUCUGGUGCUGGGUUGUAUGAUCUAUCCUGACGGCUGGGACAGCGACGAGGUGCGGAGGAUGUGCGGGGAGCAGACGGACAAAUACAGCCUGGGAGCCUGCUCGGUGCGCUGGGCCUACAUUCUGUCCAUCAUGGGCAUCCUGGAUGCGCUCAUCCUCUCUUUCCUGGCGUUCGUGCUGGGGAACCGGCAGGACGGACUCAUGUCAGAGGAGCUGCUGGCUGAGAGCAAGGAGGGAGGCAACGCCUAAUCAAAUCAACAUCGUUCCUGAAUCUCCAUGUUCGUUUUCAUUAAGUCCCUCAACAUCCUAGAAAGUGUGGAGGCAGUCCAGGUCUGUGGAGGAGAGGAAUACCGUUGAACCAGCCAGCCUGCCUUUCACAUCUACCUGCCAAACUAAAGCAACCUGUGUAACCCAUGCACCCCGGAAGACCACCACAGUCCCUUUACGUCAGUCCCAGUAUUUAGAUGGAGCCCAGCGCUCUCUUAUGUCAUUGUGUCUAUAUGGAGCUAACCCUUGCACAACAUCACAUAGACCAUGGCAGGGGCAGAGACUGUUAUUCUGUUGAGAUGUGUAUGGAUGACCCACCACCGACCUGAGAAGGCACAGGGUCGACACCUGCAGUACGAGCACAGAUCCACACGCAUACACAUGUGCUGCCUCACUCAUGUCCACACCCAUACAGUACAUUCAAACACUACAUGAACCAAUUGUAUUGACAAAUAUUAGACUAUGUUAACACUUAGCUGUGUGUAUCAACGUCCGGACGUGUUUCCUGUUUUAUUUGUGAAAAGAAGAAACCGCUCCGUUUCAGAAAAAAUUGUGUUGCUGUAAAUCUAUUGUGUUCCAUGUGUACGGUUUGACAAUAGAGUGAAUGUUUUAUUUUCUUCUUUUGCUUGAACACUCCUUGGUUCCUCCUUAUUUACUAGGUGAAAAAAAAAGAUAUUUAAAACUGUUUUAUAAAAGAGUAUCACCCAAAAGAGCCAAAAAAUGUAUUUGCAAAGUAUGUACAGUGAAUAUUAAAAGAUGCUCUAGAAAUUUUAACAAAAAUCCAUUCAACGCCCUGCUAGCUAACUUUGCACAACGCUUCAGUUUAAGAACAUAAAUAUUUUAUAGUCUGUACACUGUGAUGAAGGCUAUUAGGACUCUGCUGCAGGACUCGUAGCUGCUGUGUGAGUGUGUGUGUGUUUGAGUGCAUGCUCUUAUGUGAGUUUCUGCGUGAAUGUGUUGCGUGCAGUCGUUUGUCGGGCUGGCGGACCGGCCUCGCACGCAGUCGUCCCGUUGCGUAGCUAAAUCUGUCUCCGUCUUUCUCACUUUCUGAUUCUCUCUCCUCUUUGCUUUGUUUUGUUGGGACAUACAGGGUAACACAGCGGAGUAAUUGAGUGUUGUGUAAAGCGACAGGCGUGCCGGAGGAUUGAACUCCAGUGACAAAGGGUUAGUAUGAGGCCUGUCCCAGCCUCACCUGUGGAUAUGAUGUAAAUAGAUAUUCUAUAGAUACCAAACAAUUAGGAAACAAGGAGAUGAACCUACAACAAUUCAAGAGAUUCCUUUAAGACUAUAUUAACACUUAAUAAAGGUUUUCACUGUAAAACA